GCGGUUUUGCGUAUGUAAUAAAAACACAGAGAGGAGGGAAUAGCGCCCCAAAAACACAAACAAAAAACCUAGCCGCUUCCAAAAUGUCGAAACGCAACGCAUCGCUGUCGCAACCGCCGCCUAGACCGCUGAUAAAGCAGCACUCGUGGUCCCCGGACGCCGAUCGGGAAGAGGCUUGGCUCAGGAAGAAAGGCAAACGGCCAUCGGGUCGUCUCGGUCGUAGCAAGAGCGUGACGGACGAAGAUCUGGAAGAGCUAAAGGGAUGCAUCGAGCUCGGGUUCGGAUUCGAGCCUGAUUCGCCGGAGCUGGAUCCGAGGCUGUCUGAAACUCUGCCAGCUCUGGGGCUGUACUGCGCUGUUAAUAAACAGUAUAGGAGUGGGUUGUCAAGGACUUCGUCUCUUUCGUCGGUUGCGUCGGAAGGUGAAGUGAGUAAUUCAAGCACGACGAUCGUUGACCAAGGUGAUGAUCCGGAGACGAUGAAGCUGAGGUUGAAGCAAUGGGCUCAGGUGGUUGCUUGUUCGGUGCGACAAUUCUCCGGCGAACCAAAUUCGACGUUGAAUAAUAAUAAUAAUGAUUAAUGAUUAAUAUUUUUGAGGAAUUAUUGUUUGUUUGUUCUGAUGUGAUUGUACAAAGGAAUGACAGUUUUGAUAAAAAUAGCUGUGACUUUUUUUUUAGAAA